CCCACGCCCGGCGUUCUCGCGGAGAUGCUGCGCGCCUGAGCGCUGCGGGGCGGCCGCGCUUUGUGUGUCCGCGCCCCGCGAGCGGCAGACCUGCCUCUCCUGCGCCGGCGGAGGAGCCGGCCGUUGGUGGACUCCCCGGGGCGGAGGAGCCGCCGCCCGCGGAUCGGAUCGCAGCGUCCGAUCGCAGCGUCUCCCCGCGGCCCCGCCGCGCCGCGCUUCCCCGUCUGCGACGCGAGUGGGCGGACCGUCCUCCGGCCGUACGUACGGGAGUGGGGCGCAACUUCGGGGCAGCUUACUUCUCAUUGAUAGCGUUUAUCCCUGGACAGUCCGUUCCGACAGUCCCUCCCCCUGGGUCCUGA